AACUCUGGGCUCAGUGUUGCUCUGUGCGCGUGUCAGACUGCGAGACGGCGAGCGAGCACUAAAGCAUGUGAGUAACUCUGUCAGUAUGCAACGUGUUGAGCAGCUGAACUCCGUCUUCAGCUCCUCUGCCCUCAGAAGCGGGACGACUCUCACCAGAUCUGUGACAAGAAGAGAGAGAAUCCAUUUGUUGGUUCAUUUAGUUAGGUUCUUUUCUUUCCUCUUGUUCUGAAUGUUUGCCCCCAAAGGAUGUAAUGGUGCGGGAUCCCUCAGGAUUUUUGACCUUCUUUUUUUAAAAUUUGGAUGAAACACUUCUAUUCAUCUCUUGUGUAGGAUUAUUUCCCUGCUGGUGUUUCUCUUCCCUCCUAUGGUAUUUCCUGCUUUUAUGUGUUGUUGUGCUGAUCGCGUCCUUGCGUCCGGAUGAGUGUGCUCCGCUGGCACCGGCUCUCUGCGCUCUGGAAGAACUGGAUGUUCAACCAGGAGCCAGCAGAAGAGCAGGACCAGAUCUCAGAAGCUCCAGGGCAUGAAGCAGAACCACAGAAAAAGGAAGGGGACACAUUCAAGGAUCACAACUCAGACUUUCAGAACUUAACUGAACUUAAGACCCUAAACUUGGAUUGUACGAAUCAUAAAUCGGAAGUAGCGAUCCAGAACUUGGAAUUUACAAAUCUGAACUCGACUGCUAACAUCCAAACGUCUGAACUAUUAAAACGCAGCAUCUCUGAGCCGUGCUCACAGGUCUCAGGCAGAGAGGGACAGUCUUCCAGCUGUCCCCACACACCUGAAGAGCGUGGCAACGGAUCCCGUAGAAGCUGCUAUUCUGAGGACUGUGUUGACUGUGCAUUGCAGGUGGAUAACGGCAGCGAGGGGGACGACGGUUUUCUGCAGCGAGAGGGAUCCCAACGGAGGUCCAGACGGCGCUUCAGGAGGGUCAACCCCCGGGGAGAGCGGGAACUCAUCACAGACGGCCAAGAACCCGCCAGCUGUACCACGGAUUAUGUCACCAACCAGCUUCCUGCCGACCUCAAUAAGAUGCACCUAACAGACCACGCCCACCAACAGGUGAUGCACAUGCCUCCCAGCCAGUCAGGGUGCAGCAUCGCCAGUGACUCAGGAAGCAGCAGCCUAUCAGAUAUUUACCAGGCCACAGAGAGCGAGCUGGGAGAUGUGGAUCUGUCCGGACUUCCAGAGGCUGCGGUGGACAGCGAGGAAGAGGAGGAGGAAGACGAGGACCUGGAGAGAGCUUCAGAUACUCUCCUGGGCCGAGACCUGGUUCGAGAGUGUCUGGAAAAAGAACCAGCCGACCGCAACGACGAUGACAUUGAACAACUACUGGAGUUCAUGCACCAGCUGCCUGCCUUUGCCAACAUGACCAUGUCUGUGCGCAGGGAAUUGUGCAGCGUCAUGGUGUUUGAGGUGGUGGAGCAGGCUGGCACAGUCAUACUGCAAAACAAACAGGAGUUGGACCUCUGGUAUGUUAUCCUGAACGGGGCCGUGGAGAUCAUCCACCCGGAUGGCAGAAUGGAGACUCUUUGCAUGGGCAACAGUUUUGGCAUCUCACCUUCACUGGACAAGCAGUACAUGAACGGAGAAGUUCGCACCAAGGGGGACGACUGCCAGUUCGUCUGCAUCGCCCAGGAGGACUACUGGCGCAUCCUCAACCAUGUGGAGAAAAACACGCACAAGGUGGAAGAGGAGGGCGAGAUUGUGAUGGUGAAGGAGCACCGAGAGCUUGACCGCAGCGGGACCAGGAAGGGACACAUCGUCAUAAAGGGAACCCCAGAGCGCCUGAUCAUGCACCUGGUGGAAGAACCGUCGGUGGUGGACCCCACCUACAUUGAAGACUUUCUGCUGACCUACAGGACCUUCCUCUCCAAUCCCAUGGAGGUCGGCAAGAAACUGCUGGAGUGGUUCCAGGUGGACAGCCUGCGGGACACGGUAACGAGAAUAGUGCUGUUGUGGGUCAACAACCACUUCAAUGACUUUGAGGGCGACCCGGCCAUGACACACUUCCUGGAGGACUUUGAGAAACAUCUUGAAGUGACAAAAAUGAAAGGCCAUUUGCGGCUGUUGAACAUAGCGUGUGCAGCCAAAGCCAAGUGGAGACAGAUCACCCUGCAGAAGGCGUCCAGGGAGUCGCCGCUCUACUUCAGCGUCCAGGGCGGCAGCGAGAGAGGAUUCGGCAUCUUUGUUGAGUUUGUGGAACCAGGCAGCAAGGCUGCAGAGGCGGGACUGAAACGGGGAGACCAGAUCAUGGAGAUCAAUGGGCAAAACUUUGAGAACAUCUCCAUCUCCAAAGCUGUUGACAUCCUUAGAAACAACACACACCUGUCUCUCACCGUCAAAACCAACAUAUUCGUCUUCAAAGAGCUCCUUAGCCGAAUUGUGCAUGAGAAGAAGAACGGCGGCCCUCACAUACCCAAAAUCCAAGAGAAAAAAGGCAAUCGCUUCUCCAUCCCCGACCUUCCUGGAGACAUGGAGUUCCCCACAGACCACAAGAGCACCAGGAAAAUGAAGGCCAACACUGUGUCAGGAGGACGAAACAAGAUCAGGAAGAUGCUGGAGAAGACUCGAUUCAGUAUACUGCCACCCAAACCUUUUAGUGAUGGCGGUAUGGGUCAGUCUCAGGACGACAGCAUCGUGGGUACCAAGCAGUGUCGUCACAGCGUGGCCAUCAUGCCCAUCCCUGGCAACCUGUCGUCCAGCAGCCCCGACCUGCUACAGCCGGCCACCAGCGUCCUCGACUUCUCCAACCCCGCAGACAUCCCAGACCAGGUGAUUCGGGUGUUCAAGGCCGACCAGCAGAGCUGCUACAUCAUCAUCAGCAAGGACACCACGGCCAAGGAUGUGGUCGCCCACACCGUCAAUGAGUUCGGCCUCAUCGCGGCACCCGAGACCUACUCCCUGUGUGAGGUAUCAAUUAGCCCUGAGGGAGUCAUCAAACAGCGCCGCUUGCCCGACCAGCUCUCCAAACUGGCUGAUCGGAUUCAGCUCAACGGCAGGUACUAUCUGAAGAACAAUAUGGAGACGGAGACGCUGUGUUCAGACGAGGAUGCUCAGGAUCUCCUCAGAGAGAGUCAGAUCUCUCUGCUCCAGCUUAGCACCAUGGAGGUGGCUGCCCAGCUCUCCAUGAGAGACUUUGAGCUCUUCAGGAACAUCGAGUCCACAGAGUACGUAGACGACUUGUUUAAACUAGACUCCUCAACGGGAAGCGGUAAUCUGAAACAGUUUGAGGAGGUUAUAAACCAGGAGACCUUCUGGGUGGCCACAGAGAUCCUCAAGGAGCCCAACGCCAUGAAGAGGAUGAAGACCAUCAAACACUUCAUCAAGAUCGCCCUGCACUGCAGAGAGUGCAAGAACUUCAACUCCAUGUUUGCUAUUAUCAGCGGUCUGAACUUGGCACCGGUGGCUCGGCUACGGAGCUCUUGGGAGAAAUUGCCCAGCAAGUACGAGAAACUGUUUGGAGACCUGCAGGACGUCUUCGAUCCGUCCAGGAACAUGGCCAAGUACCGCAACAUCCUGAGCAGCCAGAGCAUGCAACCGCCCAUCAUCCCGCUGUUCCCGGUGGUCAAAAAGGAUCUCACGUUUUUACAUGAAGGCAAUGACUCCAGUGUAGACGGGCUUGUGAACUUCGAGAAGCUUAGGAUGAUCGCCAAGGAGAUCAGACAUGUGGUGCGGUUGACCUCAGCCAACAUGGACCCGGCCCUCAUGUUCAGACAGAGGAAGAAGAGGUGGAAGAGUUUAGGGUCUCUGAGUCAGGGCAGCACCAACUCCAACAUGCUGGAUGUGCAGGGCGGUGCCCAUAAGAAGCGAGUGCGCCGCAGCUCGCUGCUCAACGCCAAGAAGCUGUACGAAGACGCUCAGAUGGCCAGAAAGGUGAAGCAGUACCUGUCCAACCUGACGGUGGAGACGGAUGAGGAGAAACACCAAAUCAUGUCCCUGCAGUGUGAGCCAUCCUACAGCACAUUGUCCAAAAACCUGAGCGAGAGACGAUCCACCAAGUCAGACAUGUCUCCAGUGUCUCUGCGGUCGGCUCUGCCCUCGGGGAAGACACAAAACCGAGUGUCACAAGUCCUUCAGGUCCAGGUCCCACUGAAUCCUCUGCGAAAGAAGAGCACUGCCAAGGACAUAGGCACAUCCAACUCAAACUCUCCUCAAGUGGUGAAGAAACCUCAAGUGAACUCAUCAGAGGAGUGGGGUGCCAAGAGACCAUCUGAUGACACCGUCUCCACCAUCUCCUCGCUUCACUCCAGCCCCACGGUGUCGCCGCAGGGCUCCCCACGUAAAGUGGGAGGUGCGGCCAAGUCCCAGAACUCCAGCCAGAUGAAUUUGUCAGGAUCUUCAUCUUCGCUGACCAGCGACGCCAGCACCAAAGCCGGCACCGUCAGCCUGCGCAGCUACGGCAUAGGGUACACGCUCCUGCCAGCUGGUAAAGCAGACAACCUGUCGGACUCGAGUCACAGCGAGAUCUCUUCCCGCUCCAGUAUCUGCUCUGUUGACUCCAUGCCGGCUCCCGGGCCUGAGGACCGGUGUAAUAACAGCAACAGGACCUGUACUGCUACUACUACUGCUGCUGCUGCUGCUGCUGCUAGUACAACUACAUCUGCAACCACAACACCUGUUCCAGUUGCUGAGAGCACAGCAGCAACUCACGCACACUUAAAUACUGACUACAACCAGCCCAGCACAAGCAGCUCCUUGUUGCUGGCUCGAGGAUACGUACCGCGAGCCUCCACCUUUACCUCCUCCACCUCAACGGAGGAGCUGGCCCCGGACCACACCUCUCUGGACUCUGUGGCUGACAGCGGCCGCGGCAGCUGGACGUCCUGCUCCUCCAACUCGCACGACUCCUUCCAGAGCCUCCCCACCUCCUCCUGCCGGCCCUGGGACCACGGCAUCCACGGCCAUCCGCUCUCCCUCCCGCACACGCACCUGGGCGCCUUCAAGCACACGCAGCUGGCCGGGCCGAUAGCCGAGGUCGAGGCCGCCGCUCACUCGUGGGCAAACGAGGACACCGCCGCCAAGCAGCACUCCAGAAACUCCAGCUCGGAUCUGUCCAAUCAGUCGCGACAGAGCUGGGCGUCGUCCAGCUCGCUGUCGGACAACUACGAGGGGAAUUACGGCACAAUAAAGCGGAGAAACACCUCGGAGCACCCCUCCUCGCCAACCAACGAGGAAGGAGGGCAAAGCACAGACCCCGUCUACAAAACGGUGACGUCAAGCACAGAGAAGGGCCUGAUAGUGUACUGUGUCACCUCCCCCGCCAAGGAUGAGCGUUACCGAGCUCCCCCUCCCACCCCUCCAGGCUACCAGGGUCUGGCUCUGGGGGAUCUCGGCCUCACAGACGGAGUAGUCGGUGGUCCAGGAGGUCUCCCCCCAAGGCCUCCUCACCUCAGACCUCCGGACUACAGUGUGGCCCUGCAGAGGAGCAAACUCCUGCAGAGCCCUGGAGCGGCGGGUGGUCUGGCUGAAGCACGGAGGCUGGCUGCUAACCAUCACCUCCACCACCAAGAGGCUCGGACCGCCGGCUCCACGCAGGGCCACUCCAGACCGCCCAGCAUCUGCCUCCCGCCACAGGAGCUGGCUGACAGUGAGGAUGAUGAACAAGUGUCUGCAGUGUAGAGACGGUGACGUCACACUCACGCACGCACGCACACACACACACACACACACACACACACACACACACACACACACAAACACACGGACCAAGUCGUGCUGUUCGGGCUUUGGACUAAGCGGACUAAGCUAGCAGCCUGCCAACAACACGCACAUCACAGCACAUUCUCCAAAACCCCUCCUUCCAACCCUGUGUGACAUCACCACGGACCAUAAUGCACCUGUGGACCACAGCAGGGCUUGGGGGCGGACCUUUCCUCCUGCUCCCAGGACUUGUACAAUCAUCUCUUUUUAAACUCAUUUCACAGAACAAAGAAGAAAGAUUUUAGAAACUUUUUUAAAAACUCUUGAACAAAGCAGAAAAAAAGGCUAUGAUGAAGGUGAUGGAGAGGAAAAAAAGGACAAAUAAAAGAAGGAUUGAGUGUUAAUAUCAGUGUCUCACGAGACAAAGUCGUCCUCCAUGGAACCAGACCACCACGUACCUCCAUUUUGAGCUCCAAGCUUCCUUGUCUGAAGUUUUUUUUUGCAUUGCUUUUUUAGCUUUUUUUAAUUUUAUUUUUUACAGUUUUAACCUGUUGUACAGUGAUUGUUUUUGUGUGUAAACAGAUUUGUUUUUCUUCUUUUCUUUGCAUCUCUGCGCUUUGCAUAUUUUGAUGUGAGAGUAGUGAGGAGGAAGAGGAGGAGCAGCAGACAAAGGGAUAGAAAGCUGCAGUCAGCAGUACAAGUAUUACAGUGAACAUUAGCACGUGGGGGAAAGUUUAUUUAUUAUUGUUUUCGUUGGUUUUGUUCGCAGUUUGCGGUCAGCUCAAAAGAAGAUGAAUGUAGAUAAAUAAGAGACAAGAAAAAACUAUUUUUUAGAUAUUUUUUUUUAGGGGUCUUGAUGGGCCUGUGUCAGACCCCGGCACUGAUGAUGUAAAUUCACCCAAUUCAAAGUCAGUCCCCACAAACAAACCAAAUGGAUACAAAAAAAAGCGGCUACAAAACUGUCUUCGCUAACCCGCUGCUUACGCUUUUGACUUUAUUUGACGUCAGGAAUCGGCCAGGAGCCUCGUAGAGCCUCAUGUCUCACUCCUCUUUCUAGAGGAGAAGUUAAACUCCCGACAUAACAGGGAGCGCGUCUGUUUGUGUUUAUUGGACCGUGUUGAGCUUUACGGACAAAAAAAAAAAUGCUGAAUCUUUCAGGCAGUUUUUUGUCUUCGUGUCGCGUUCUCGCCUCCCCAGCCCACCCCUCUUAUUGCUCGUUCGGCCUGACGCGAGGUACUUUAGCAGCAUGCUGCCUCCUGGAUGUUCUAUAGAAACUGUAUUAUAACUCGUUUUUAAUGAGCUGACGAACAAAUGCCUCGCCGCUUUCCUGUACAGUCCAAGCGUGUGUUGUUAUUCUAUUGCAGCAGCUAUAAUCAAACGAUAAAUUAGCACUGUGUGGUCACGCAUCGUGCAUGCAUGCACACACACAUACACCAGAAUAUUAGUUGGUGUACAAAAAGACAAAGGACAGUGUUUGCGCCGAGGCUUACAUUUUGUUUACAAUGUUUAUUAGUCUAGUUGUCUGUUGAAUUACAGGCUGAGAUGUUAAAGUGUAAUUCUCCAGGUUGAUUUGACCUUGUAAAUUUGUUUAUAAUGCAGCAGGAAUACGAGAUGCAGCAUAAACUUUGACUGUGUGCUCACAGUGUACCUCUCUUAUUGGUUUUUGCUUCUUAUUUAAACAGAACGAGCAGCAAAACAAGUCAAAAGAUAACGUGUUGUAACGCCUGGCUUGCAUCUCCUCUCCAUGUUGAUAGUGCAUUUUGUAAAAUAUUUAAAGGACGUGCUUGAAAAUGUUUAUUUGUAUUGAAAACAGAAGCAAAUUUGUACAUUCUGAGUUAAGUUUCGGAAAAGGAAAAUAGUUUUGAAUUGUGUUUACCUGCAGUGCAUCGGGGUGUAACUGGAAUUCGACUUUCUCUUCUGCUUUCUGUCUCGCGGCUCUGUGAUGCUUCCUCAGAUUUGUUUGCCACACAAAGACUUGAAAUGAUUAAUGCUAAUAUAUACAUGGCAUAUAUAUGAAUUUAUACAUAUAUAUUUUUGUUGUUUCUUUGCCAUAAAUUAAUGUAUAGAUGAGAGAAGAGAGUCCUCUGUAAAGGCUAUUUUUGAAUAUUUUGUUAUAAGAAAAAAAAUCUGAGGUUGUGAUUGCCCUGUUUCAGGAGUCUUUUAAGGAAUUAGUUCUUGUCAUUGUUCAUACCUUAUUUUCUCCCCUCACACUCUGCUGUUGGUGCCAUUUCUGCUUCGUCUGUAGUUGUAAUUGCUGCUGUGUUUUGGGAUAUGAGUGUGUGUGUGUGUGUGUGUGUGUUGUGGAAUUAUAUUUGCGAGUUUGGGACCAACAUAGCUUUCUUUUUUUUUCCCCAAAAAAAUCUAAUUUUGAUGCAAUCUGGGCUUACAGCACAUAAAGAAAGGCUCAGAAGUCAUUUUCAAUAAAAUCAAAAAAAGCCUUUUUAGUUUGCAGCUCUGAUUGCUCCCGCCUGCAGAAAGGCGGGCGCCAUGUGGGUCUCCUGCCAUCGGUCGCAUGACACAAGGCGACGCUCAUUCAUACUCAGACCGAAUGAUUGAAAGUAGUUUUUUGAUGCGAUAACAUGCCCAUCUGUUAGAACUAACCAGAGCAAGUCAGUGCCGUGUCGAUUAUCGGCCCGCCUUUCUCUCAGCAGUGUCAGCUCAGCAGGACUUUAAACCUUUCCUCUCACUGCACUCGUUUAUCCACUGCGACUGCUUGUUCCUUUUUUUUCCUUUUUAAAUAAUAUCAAUAGUUGAAACAGACUGAGUCAGAAACUGACAAUUCAUCUUUUCUUUUUUUUCUUUUUUAUUUUUGCACAACUGUAUUCCUCAGAUUCUCAACUAUAAAUCAGUAUUAUUAUUAUUAUUCUGAAUGGAUGAUUUACAAAAAGGUAGGCCGAGGUAUUAGGAGUGGCACAGAUCUUACUCAAAAGUCACAAGAAAUGCUCUGUGUGUAUUUCGACCUGCUCUCAGUUGUUAAAUUGAGAGCUAAGCAACUUCUUUUUCUUACUUUCUCUCUAACUCCUCCUCCUCCUCCUCCUUCUUCCUCCUCUUCUUCUUCUUCUCUGCAUACAGCAGGUUUUUGUUUUCAUAGAGGAUCUGGCAGUGAGCAGCUCCUGGCACUGUGAAUAUAACAUGUCAGUGUUUUUAACAACUUAAAACCCGGAGAGGAUAAACUUUAAUUCUCUCUCUCACGGCAUGAUGAAAAUAUCUAUCUGAUUGUAAUAUAGCCCCCACCCUCACCCCUCAGCCUGCCCUCAGAUGUCCUGCCAUGUUACCCGGAAUGCAAUAAGAGAGAUGUGAAUGUGUUUCUUGUAGACAUCUUUUGGCAUUACAGCAGAAAUGCACAACAAUAAGCUUCAAUGUGGUGAGUGUGCUGCACAAACUGUACAAAGAGGUAUUAACUUGGUCUGUGGCUUAAAGUUUGCUUUCGUCUCACACUUGUCAUAGCUGUUGUAACUUAUGUCUUUUAGAAAGACAACAUGAUUUUGCUCAUACGCUUUUUAUGUAUUUUUUACGAGUGAUUGUAAAUAGUUGUUAUAUUUUUUUCUUUAAGAGAAUAAGAGAGUAUAAAAAGGAAAAAAAUACCUUUUAUUUCUCCAAGUCUACUGAUAUGAAUUUGGACAAUGAAUAAAAUGUUAAGCAGAAACA